UGCAUUCUGGGAUAUGUGUGUCUCUGUCCGUUGCAGAUGUUAUGAUCGUUGUUAAUGUAUUGCUCCUAUCUCCGUUUUCUUUUUUCAGUCACCACAUCUAUGUGCUCUUACUUUUAUCGUAUUUAUGUGGUAUCGCAACUGAUGUGUUCCUGAAGUUUUAAAGAUUCAUUUAAUUUGACAGAGUGGUAGCGGACCGGUUUCAUCACACUCAGUCAUCAGCUAUGGGUGAGGUGGAGCUCUCCUGUGUUGCAUAUGUGAAGAUGUACCUGCACGCUUCUUUGUUCCCACACUGCAGCGUAAAUGGGCUGUUGCUUUCUUCAAGUCCUGCAGGAGCAGACGUUUGUAUAACGGACUGUGUUCCACUUCUUCACUCACACCUUCCUCUAGCACCUAUUACUCAACUUGCCUUGACACAGGUCGAUGUAUGGUGUGCACAGACAGACCAGAGGAUUGUGGGAUACUACCAAGCCAAUGCCAGUGUGUUGGACUGCAGCCCCACCCCUAGUGCUCUGAAGAUAGCCGACAGGAUCUCAGACCAGUGCAGCCAAGCUGUGCUGUUAAUGAUGGACAACACCAAGAUGUCAGUUGAGUGUCGAGUGCCACCCAUUGUGAUGUAUGAACGCAGAGAUUCUCGUUGGACAUUAAAAGACAAACAAAUGAUCAUGUUGCGUCAGUGGGAGGAAACUCGAUCAAUAGCCAGUCAGCUACUGGAUUCCAGGGAUCGCACGUUGCUGGUUGAUUUUGACACACAUCUUGAUGACAUCACAAAGGACUGGACCAAUCAGAAGCUCAAUGCCAAGAUUGCUGAACUUGCUUCAACUGCCAAUGGCAGACUCUGAAUAAAAGUAACUUGAGCAAACUAAUGUAUAAAAUGUGAAAAACAAAUGUACACUGGGUGUUUGAAACACAUUUUUAGUACUGUUAGAUUCUGUAUAAAAAAGGUUUCUCUGUGAUACAUAACUAGCAUCUUAUGCCAAAAUAUUUUUAUCGGUGUUUUGAAUGUAUACAUGAAAACUAAAAAAGCAAAAGUAAAUUUUUGUGGAUUUUACAGUUAAUAAAGUAUUAAAUAUGGCAGCAGUUUACUGAACAUAUAGUUUAUGUACUAUAUAUGAACUGAUGUACCCAUUGCUGUUGGGUACAUUAACAAAAGUCACAUUCUUUAUAAAGGUAUGUACACAGACCCUCUCCCCCCAGCCACACAUGCAUAAUUUAGAUAUAUGUUUAUGUACAGGAUGAAACCAACUGUGUCUGACAGGCCAUGCUCUUUACUUUCAUUUACAU